AUUUGAACCCAAACAAUUCAUCCUUGAAGAAAACUCAUGCAUUGCCAAGGGAUUGUGUUUCAUUGUGCAGUAACAGAAGCUUUAUGGAGACCUCAUGAUCCCCAGGACUGAGCAAGGAUUCUGCAUAGAGGAACCAGACCGGACGGUUUCAGGGAUCUGAUCACAUUGCGGGGGCCUCUGUCUAGUCCAGAAACCCAAAUCAUUCUAAUGGAUCUGAGACAUAGCUUGCUGUUCCUUACGUCUCUGACUGUGCUAAUCAGAGACAUGACCGGAAACAAAGUAUAUACAAACACAUGGGCGGUCCAUGUAUCGGGUGGCCCUGCGGUGGCUGACCAGUUAGCGAAUAAACACCGGUUUAUUAACCAUGGCCAGAUAUUUGGUGACUAUUACCACUUCAGUCAUCGGGCAGUGGUGAAGAGGUCGUUAUCUCCUCAUAGACCCAGACAUGUCUUGUUAAGCAGAGAACCUCAGGUGCACUGGUUAGAACAACAGGUGGCGAAGAAAAGAAAGAAGAGAGAUAUUUUUACGGAACCGACAGAUCCCAAAUUUCUGCAGCAGUGGUAUUUGUAUGAUGCAAACCGCCAUGACUUACACGUGAAAGAAGCGUGGGAGCAGGGCUACACAGGAAAAGGCAUUGUAGUCUCUAUCUUGGAUGAUGGAAUCGAGAAAAAUCACCCAGAUCUACAAGGGAAUUAUGAUGCCGCUGCCAGUUAUGAUGUCAACGACCAGGAUCCUGACCCACAGCCACGAUACACCCAAUUGAAUGAUAACAGGCAUGGUACACGGUGUGCCGGGGAAGUGGCCGCAGUGGCAAAUAAUGGGAUUUGCGGUGUUGGAAUUGCAUAUAACGCAAAGAUUGGAGGAGUCCGAAUGCUUGAUGGGGAGGUGACUGAUGCAGUUGAAGCGCGGUCGCUUGGACUGAACCCCAAUCAUAUCCACAUCUACAGUGCCAGCUGGGGACCUGAAGAUGAUGGCAAGACCGUGGAUGGACCUGCGCGUCUAGCAGAAGAGGCUUUCUUUAGAGGAGUCAAUCAGGGGCGUGGGGGUCUAGGCUCUAUAUACGUCUGGGCAUCGGGCAACGGUGGAAGAGAACAUGACAGCUGUAACUGCGACGGCUACACAAACAGCAUCUACACUCUCUCCAUCAGCAGUACCACCCAGCUGGGCAACGUACCAUGGUACAGCGAGGCCUGCUCCUCUACAUUGGCAACCACGUACAGCAGUGGCAACCAAAACGAGAAGCAGAUCGUAACGACUGAUUUGCGACAGAAGUGCACAGACUCUCACACAGGAACCUCUGCUUCUGCACCCUUGGCCGCAGGGAUCAUUGCCCUCGCUCUCGAAGCAAAUAAUAACCUCACUUGGAGAGACAUGCAGCAUCUUGUUGUACGGACAUCAAACCCAGCUCACCUAAACACGAAUGACUGGAUAACUAAUGGAGUCGGACGCAAAGUGAGCCAUUCAUAUGGAUACGGUCUGUUGGACGCUGGAGCCAUGGUGACUCUUGCUAAAAACUGGACGACAGUCGGACCGCAGAGGAAAUGUGUCAUUGACAUUCUCACGGAUCGCAAGGAUAUUGGGAGGCGCCUGGAAGUCAGACGUAAGAUAGAACCGUGCACUGGGAUGUCUAAUUACAUCAGCACCCUGGAACAUGUUCAGGCCAGACUUACUUUAUCCUACAACCGGAGGGGAGAUCUUGCCAUCUAUCUGACAAGCCCUACGGGCACCCGAUCUACUCUCCUGGCACCAAGGCCACAUGACUAUUCAGCUGAUGGAUUCAAUGACUGGGCCUUCAUGACAACCCAUUCUUGGGAUGAGGAUCCAGCAGGGGAAUGGAUACUGGAAAUAGAAAACACCAGUGAAAAUAACAACUAUGGAACACUGACUCAGUUUGUAUUGGUCUUAUAUGGAACAGCAUCCGAACCUCCCGGCCUGUCCAACCAGGUAGACAGUGGUGGCUGCAGAACAGUGGCCUCUACCCAGUCCUGUGUUGUUUGCGAGGAAGGUUUUCUCCUUCAUCAGAAGAGCUGUGUGAAAUCCUGCCCCCCUGGCUUCACAGCCAGCGUUCAGAAUAUCCACUACAAGCUUGACAACAGUAUAGAACCUCUCCUGGCCAAUGUCUGCGUGGCGUGCCAUCCUUCCUGCUCUACCUGCAAGGGCAUCACACCCAACGACUGCAUUACAUGCCCUGCACACUCACACUACAACUCCCUGGAUUUCUCCUGCUCACAUCAGUCACAGAUGAGCAGGGAAUCGCCACCUCUAAAGGAAUGGCCUCAGGAUGCUGCUGCAGCACCAUCCAAAUUGCCACUGAUUGUGGCCAGCCUGAGUUGUUUCAUCAUCGUCGUGGUUUUCAUCAGUGUCUUCCUCUUCCUCCAAGUGCGAUCUGGGGUCAUCCUGGGCAGGAAGAAGCUGUACACAUUGGACAGCGGAAUUAUCUCCUACAAGGGGAUCCCCUCCGAAAUGUGGCAGGAAGAAGGCUUCUCAGAGUCUGAAGUAGAGGAGUUUGAUGCUCACAAUGAGAGAACUGCUUUCAUUAAACAGCAGAGUGCCCUUUGAUGACAAUUAUGACUUCAUCCUCAAAGCCUCAUACCACAAAACGUCUGCCACAGACCCUCUGUUCACCAACCACCCCAAGCCAGUCCGUAACUGUCUUGAGUUAAACUUUGAACUUUUGGCUCACUAACUUGGGUAACACUUAUGAAACCCCUGGCACCUUUUUUGCAAAUAAACAAUUGCUGCCAGAGGUUGCAUCAUUGUGUUAAUGUACACAAAAGAUUCAAUCAUGGUAUUCUUGCCCAGAUCUUCUUAUUUUUUAAAUUUAUAGUGCCUAUCAAUUCUCCAUUUUGCUUUUUUGUUUUAUUUUUUUCAUUUGCCUUUCUAUUGAGCAAAAUCUCUGCCACUUGACCCUUCCGGUGGCACAAUAUUGCUGUAGAUGUCUCCUGUCAUGCUACAGAAUAGUCCAAGAGUGCUGUUGACAGAGAGUGGUAUCUGUGAAUUAACCAGGCUGCCGAGCUGCAGCGGAAGCCUCGGUUUGCGAAAUAAAUUGCUUCUCUUAACUGGUAA